GAACGGGAGCAUCUGGGGAAACGGGGAGCUCCGAUUGAAACCAUUAUUUACAUUGAAUAAAAUAAUUCGGUUCUUAUUUCUGCACUGAAUAAAACAGCUCCAAGAUUAUGGCUGUUUACUUUGAUCACCAAAUUGAUGCACCAGACUGUAAUGGGGAGGCGACUCGUACUGCAUGGCACUCCACUCAGCCCCUAUUGGCCGUCGGCUCUGUUAAUCCCGCCUCUGGAGGCUGCAUAGACAUUUACCUGCAACAAGGUGAACAUGUGGAGCUGUGUCAUGUGGAGCGAGCAUAUGCACCAGCACUGCUGCGUUGGCAUCCAACUAAAACGGUGCUGGCUGUUGGCUGGGAGACUGGAGAAACUUUACUACUCACACACCCACAUGGAGAACACACACCACUUCCAAAUAACACACACUCUGCCUGCAUCACACUGCUCGAAUGGAACUGCAACGGAACAAGACUUAUUACUGGAGAUCAGGCAGGGGUUCUGGUUGUGUGGAAGGUGGAUGCAAGAGGGAGACUGAAUGGAACUCACUUGACAAAACAGGCCUACAACAAACCCCUAACCAACUGUAUCUUCAGACAAACACCCCCAAAAGAGGAUGUUGCACAGCUGGCAAAAGCAGCUGUCAGUGGUGAUGAAGAAGCUCUGGAUAAAUUUAAUUGGAAGAAGAGCAGUAAAGGUGGAGUUUGGUCUCCCAGCACACAGGAAGGACUUACCAUCUAUGUCAGCACUGCCGAUGGCUGUGUUUACAGUGUGGAUGACUGUGGGCAGAAUGUGCACUUGCUGACUGUAGAGGGCAGCGUGCAGAAACUCUUCUACUCUGAGCACAGAUCCAUACUUGCUGUGAUUACAAAUGAUCUGCUGCUCUCACAGUUUAACCUUGGACCAGAGGGGGGCACACAGGAGUUCAGCAAGGUGAAGCUGAGUGGGAGAGGUGGACAGAGUGCAGAUAUUGUGUGGACUGAUAGUGGUUUGUUGAUUACAGCAUCAGGAGAAAAUAUCAUCAGGUUGUGGGAUCUGGAGAAAGAUGAUAACUCUGUUUUAUCUCUUGAUGAGAAUAUGGGCUUUGAGAAAGGAGAGUUGCUCAACUGUGUCUCUUACUGCACUGCAAAAAGAGUUCUUGCUGCAGGAACCACUAGGGCACGUGUUGCAAUGUGGCAGAUGGUGACGAUGACCAAUCAAAAAGGAGAUACUAGGACUCAGUGGAAGUUACAAACACCCAUUGAACUACAGGGAAAUAUCACACAGCUGCAGUGGGGAUCGAGUCUGCAGUUGCUGGCUGUGUGUAACAGCAGAACAGUGCUGAUCCUCUCUGAACAUGUGAUGAGUUCCCAUUACAGGCAGCAAGUGGCAGCAGUGCAGCUCUCACCAACGCAGCUCAGCCUGAACUAUUUCAGCUCACACACACUUCUCCAACUUCACACCGACACACAAGUCCGAGCUGUACAGGUCACCAAGGACUCUGUGAUAGCAUGGGAUGGCAGAUCUAUACAUGUGUAUAUGAAUUUGGGACAAAUAAUUCGUAAUACAGCUUCUUUCCAGUGCGAUUCUGCUGCUCUAGCAGUUCAUGAGGAGAACAUUUACACUGUAGAACCAAACCGAGUGCAGGUCCGCACACAGCAGGGUACAGUAAAGCAGCUGUUGGUUUUUACAGAGGCAGAAGGGAACCCCAUCAUGUUGAAUGUGUGUGGCUCGUACCUGGCUGUUGGAACUGAUACGUUUCACGUCAAAGUAUUUGACCUGACACGCAGAGAGGCAAAGCCGAUGUGUAAUGCAAAGAACCUUGCCGAACUGAUUCCUGACCUGGGAGCUCUGAGAUCAGUCAAGUGCAACUCCAGCGGCAACCAACUUAGCAUCUUAAUUACACAGGUAAAUGGGCGUCCAGAUCACAGGGUGUAUUUCUACGAUGUUGAAUUAGACACUCUGUCUCAUUUUGACUUCUUCACUGGUCGACCUCUCAGCGGAAUUUCACCAUCAGACGAUAACCAGAGGACUCUGCAUGAGGAGGCGGAGCUUGCAGGUCGUUAUCCAAUCUCUCAGUUCUGGGAUGAGAGUGAGCCAUGCCUUUUUGCAUGUGAAAUCGCUUUGGUCAACUCAGAGUACCACACUGUCAACCAGUUAAAUGCCAAUGACAAGGUUGAUGUGCUGGUGGUGACAUUUUUUGUGACUCAGGAGCAUGGCCUCCUCCUACAGGACUCUCAGCCCAAACCAACCUCUCUCCAGGGAUUACUCACACUGGAUACACCGUACUACUACUAUACCUGCAAGCCAGGCGAAACCUACACUGAGACUGCUUCAGUCUCGCCAUCUCCCGCUGCAGUUCCCGCCUCCUCCAACAUGGUAGUGCGACGAGCUCUGCGGGACUUUGUUGGAUUGGAGAACUGUGAAAAACAGACCAGAGAUGCCAUGCUGAACUUUAGCUUCUACCUUACCAUCGGGGACAUGGACGAAGCCUUUAGAGCAAUCAAACUCAUCAAGAGUGAGGCUGUGUGGGAGAACAUGGCUCGCAUGUGUGUCAAGACCCGGCGUCUAGAUGUUGCCCGGGUGUGUCUGGGUAACAUGGGUAAUGCUCGGGCAGCCCACGCACUCAGAGAGGCCGAGAAAGAGCCGGAGCUGGAGGCACAAGUUGCAAUGCUGGCUACACAGCUGGGCAUGCUGGACAAUGCUGAAGCUUUGUAUCUUUCCUGUGGAAGGUUUGAUCUUUUAAAUAAGUUUUAUCAGGCACGUGGUGAUUGGCAGAAGGCCAUCGAGACGGCCGAGACUCAUGAUCGCAUCCAUUUGCGCAGCACCUAUUACAGCUAUGCCCAACACCUGGAGAACACUGGGGACAAGAAUUUAGCUCUUACUUAUUACGAGCGCUCUGAUACACACCGGUUCGAGGUUCCCCGCAUGCUGAUGGAGGACAUUGUUUCCCUAGAGAUCUACAUCAACAAGAUGAAGGAUAAAAUCCUGUAUAAGUGGUGGGGUCAUUAUCUGGAGAGCCAGUCAGACAUGGAGUCUGCACUCCGUUAUUAUGACUAUGCUCAGGACUACCUGUCUCAAGUUCGUGUGCACUGCUACCUGGGAAACAUCCAAAAGGCGAGUGAGAUAGCUAAUGAGACGGGCAACAGGGCAGCAUCUUAUCAUGUGGCCCGACAGUACGAGGGUCAGGAUAAGAUCAGCCAGUCUGUGCACUUCUACACCCGAGCACAGGCCUAUAACAAUGCCAUCCGCCUAUGUAAAGAGAACAACAUGGAUGAGCAGCUGAUGAACCUGGCACUGCUCAGCAACCCAGACGACAUGAUGGACACUGCCGCCUAUUACGAGGAAAGAGGAGAGCACAUGGACCGGGCCGUCAUGCUGUAUCACAAAGCUGGCUGUGUAUCUAAAGCUCUGGAGUUGGCGAUCUCUACAGAGCAGCUGGCUGCACUACAGCUGAUUGCAGAGGAGCUGAAUGAGAACAGCGACCCCACCAUGCUUACGCGCUGCUCUGAUUUUUUCAUUGAACACAAACACUACAGCAAAGCUGUACAGCUGCUAGUGGCUGCCAAGAAGUAUCACGAGGCACUGCAGUUGUGUUUGGAUCAAAACCUGACCAUCACAGAGGAGCUGGCCGAGAGCAUGACGAUAUCACGAGGUUCUGCCCACCUGUCAGAGAAGGAACGUAAAGAGCUUCUGGAGCGAAUCGCAGACUGCUGCAUGCGCCAGGGCAACUAUCACCUAGCAACCAAGAAAUAUACACAAGCUGGAAAAAAGACUAAGGCAAUGCGUUCCUUGCUGAAAUCAGGCGAUACAGAGAAGAUCGUUUUCUUUGCUGGCGUCUCUCGGCAGAAGGAGCUCUAUGUGAUGGCAGCCAAUUACCUUCAGUCUCUGGACUGGAGGAAAGACCCAGAGAUCAUGAAGACCAUCAUCAGCUUCUACACGAAAGGUCGUGCUCUAGAUCUGCUCGCUGGAUUCUACGAGGCCUGUGCACAGGUGGAGAUUGAUGAUUAUCAGGACUAUGAAAAAGCUUUCGGUGCUCUCACUGAGGCCUGCAAGUGUCUAACUAAAGCAAAGAGCUGCCAUGGAAACGAGACGGACGAACGACUUGCACAGCUCACACAGCGACUUGCACUUAUGCGGAGAUUCAUACAAGCACGCAGUAUUUAUGAACAGGAUCCAGCAGCCGCUUUGACUGAAUGUGAGUCUCUUUUGGAUGAGAGUGAUCUGGAUCCUGCAGUGCGAGUGGGCGAUGUUUUUGGCUUCAUCAUUGAGCAUCACUGUCAGAAUGGCAGCUAUCAGAAGGCAUGGGCAAAGCUGGAGGAACUACGGCGUGUGUAUCCGUCAGUAAACGUGAGCGCAUAUGUAAAUCAGCGCAGUCUGGAGAAUUUGCAGAAUGCCAUCGGUAUGCGACUCAUACAAACUGAUGCGACACCCUUCAACAGCCACCAUCACACACACACCAAACACACACUCACACACAGCAAUGAAGAGGAUGAGGAGGAGAUAGAGGAGGAUGAACAUAUCAUCGACUGACAAAUCGUAGCUACAGAUGAAUGAGUAUGUGUGUGUGUAUGAUCUGGUUGCCUUAAAUAAGACCACACUCACAGAGCAACAACAAAACCAAAAAAAUGGCAGUCAGGCUGACCUCAGCCAGCAGCAUUGUAUCAUAAUCUUCUGUGAAGUUUUUGAGCUCUAUCAAGCAUCUCAAAAUGCCAGAUAUAGGCACACCACUUCAGCAAGGCGUCUAUAAUGCACCUUGGACCACGAAGCUUACAUCUAGCUGCAUGCUGAAUGCUAACACCUCUAUGCAAAUCUCUACCAAAAAAGCAAUAUAAUAUAUGUCAUUUCAGACAAUAUGAACCCAAUAUAUUUCAUGCUUUGUCUGGUCAACUUUUAUUUCUUAAUGUCCAUUUCUGCCUGCAAGAUUCCAAAAAAAGUUGCGCGAUACCACUUUGUAAUGUUGCCAUUCCUUAUCACAGCACUCCUUAUGGCAACGAGGAUACCAAACUAUGAAGUGUUUCAAGUGUUAUUGUCCCAUCCUUUUUGCAGACAUGCCUUAAUGUGUGCAGUAGUACAGUUUUAAGUACAGUGUUGUCAUUUUCAUUUCAAAAUUCUCCACACAUUCUCUAUUGGGGACAGGUCAGAACUGCAGGCAGGCCAGUCCAGUACCCGUACCCUCUUCUUCUGCAGCCAUGCCUUUGUAAUGUGUGCAGCAUUGUCUUGUUGAAAAAUGCAUGGACGUCCCUGGUAAAAAAAUGUCAUCUUAAGGGCAGCAUAUGUUGCUCUAUAAUCUUAAUUUACUUUUCUGCAUUAAUGCUGCCAUCACAGAAGUGUAAAUGACCUUUGCCAAGGGCACUGACACAGCCCCAUACCAUGACAGACCCUGGCUUUUGGAUUUGUUGCUGAUAACAAUCUGGAUGGUCCUUGGUCUGGAGCACACAGUGUCCAUUUCUUCCAAACAAGAUCAGAAAUACUGAUUCACCCCAUGCAUUCAAGACCAUUAAACCUGAUGCUGCUUCUGGAUAUGAUUUACUUCUUCUUUUUUGCCCAGUUUGCUCAGUAAAGUUUUAAGUGGUAUUUGUGAAUGUAACUCUGUAUUGUAGUGCUUGUAGUAAUUUGCCAAUGUUAUCUUUUGCCCAUGUGGUUAUAUCAGCUAUUGAUGAAUGACGGCUCUUGAUGCAGUGCUGUCUGAUGGAUCAAAGAUCACUGGUGUUCAGCUUAGGCUUGCACCUAUUCCCUUUCACACACUGAAAUUCCUCCAGAUUUCUCAAAUUGUUUAAUGAUAUCAUGCACUGUAGAGGGAGAAAUAUGUAAAUCCCAUCCAGACAUUGUUUUUAAACAUUUCAAUAAAUUUAUUUAGUAUUUGUUCACAAACUGGAGAUUAUCUGCCCAUCUUUGCUCCUCAAAUACUUUUGUGAAUACUGCUUUUGUUCCAAAUGAUUGUAAUUGAAAUCACCAUUAGUUUUUUUUAGCCCUAAAUUGCCCCCGUCCCAACUAUUUUGGAAUAUGUUGCAAGGCUAAAAUGCAGGAAUGGAUGUAUAUUAACAAAUGAAAUGAAGUUGACCAGACAAAACAUAAAAUAUCUUGGGUUCAUACUAUCUGCAAUGGAAUAAAGGUCAACGUAAACGUAAGAAACUCAGUUUUUCCUUCCAGACCCAACAUUUUCUGAUUUGUAUUUAUAAUUGCCAUCACAAAUUUUAAUAGUCACAUUAAUACAUACCUGUAAUUUGUCCAGCAGGCUACACCACCUUGUCAAAAUUUGUUCAUUGAUGUGGUUUAUGGCACAAAUAGUUGAUUGACAUUGACUGAUUUUGUUCUUUUUGUAUGUCUUUGUAAAUUCAAAGGGUCGGCAGUCUGUAGCCCUGCUUUCUACAGUGAUUAGUGUGUUGUUGCCUUUAGGAAUGGAUAGUUUAACUACUGACUGAACAUACAUAAACACUGUGGUUAAAACAUUUGUAUUUUAAUAUAAAUAACAAUGUAAUAUUUUCUAUAUUUUGUAAACAUUUUGUAUUCAAUUACAACAGCCGGAAACAAAUUCCUUGUGUGUGUAAACAUACUUGGCGAAUAAAGCUGAUUCUGAUUCUGA